AUGACUAUGACACCCCCACAGAGCACGUCAGAUCAGUAUGAACUUGGCUGUAUACUAGCACCACCUCAUCAAAGCGAUGUAAAAGCUGUCCUCGCAAUCUCGGACGAUCUGAUCGCAUCAGCAUCUCGUGAUCAAAGCGUAGGAAUAUGGACGAGAAGUGGAAACACAAAGUUCGAGCUCAAAGCACUUUUGGGUGGACAUCAUGCAUACGUCAACUCACUGGCCCACGUCCCUUCAUCUAACGAUACUGAUACUGAGGAUCUCUUGGCUUCCGGCGGCAACUCGUCACUUAUACUCCUUCACUCGUUGAAAACCUUUUCGCCAGAAAGUGAACAUUGUUUGAUAGGACAUAGUCUAAAUGUCUGUACGCUGAGUUAUUCGACGAAACGGAAGAAACUCAUCAGUGGAAGCUGGGAUCAAACUGCUAGGAUAUGGUCUAGAUCAUUAGAAUCAAGAGAGUGGGUAUGCGAGAGAGUAUUGGAAGGCCAUGAGCAGGCGGUAUGGGGUGUAGCCAUCAUAGAUGAAGGGCCGAAAGCGAAUUGUUAUGUGACUGCCGAUCGAUUGAUACAUCUAUGGAACGAGGAAGGAGAGAUAUUACAGAGGUUCAAAGGUUCCCCUGAGCCGGUCAGAAGUUUGGCUAUUUCACCUGGUGGUGAAACCUUGGUCCGUAUAUGGAAUUUCGGUGGUACCGUACUUAAUCGCCUCAAGGGGCAUAAGGACUAUGUUUACCAGGUCGUACCGGGAAAGAUGGGAGUAGAGCUUGUAUCUUGCGGAGAAGAUCAUACUGCUAGGACUUGGACAAUCACUGGUGGAUCUGACGGAGGUAUAAGGGUAUGGUCUAAGGAAAAAGAUCGGAUAGCCGAGCAGGAUGUGAGAGAGGCGUACAUGAAGCUGGUCAAGGCGAAUAUGCCAAGCGAGGAAGCAGAUAGCACAAGCCAAAAUCAACCUGAACAAACGAGUCUGACCAUCGAUAUUGACUUAAGUGACGACGAUCCACCAAUUCCAUUAGUAUUUCAGAUAGGCUCCGACCCUCGUUCUACGGCUGAAGCUUUUGGACAAGAACACGGUUUAUCGGAAAACUAUAUCAAUCAGAUUGAAGCCUUCAUCAAAGCUCAUCUCGAUGCUUUGGGCUCUCAGUGA